AUGAGUAUUAUUCUGGGUUUGACAAUAUUGGUCAUAACUCUACGUUUGAUCUUAUCUUGUUGUGGAUUAUUCCCAAUGGUGCCUGGCUUGUGUUUCCGUCUGUCAUGA